UUUCAUCCAACUAUAUCUAUCAUGUCUGAGAUUACCCAACACAUGGAAGAGUUGACGUUUGCAGAUGAGUUUUCUGACGACUCGGACUACUCCUCGCUUUCCGACCUCGACGACGGUGACUAUGCUACGAACCGUCCGACCAACUCGCAGGCAGCACAGGGGCAGACUGGCGGUGUCAGUGGCUCAGGCAAGACUCUUUCGGCGGCACUGUCUAAAUCACCACAGGACAAGGCGCAAAUUCUCGCAAAGUACGGAGAUCGCAUCAAGACGGGCGAGAUGCUCGUAAAGCAGGAGAAGAAGAAGAAAGACAAGUCGGACCGUGCGACGGUGGAGAACGUUUUGGAUCCCCGCACGCUCAAUUUCUUGGUAAAGUUGAUCCGCAAGGGUGUAUUGUCGCACAUCAACGGGUGCUUGUCCACGGGAAAAGAGGCGAACGUAUACCACGGGGUCAACACGGAAAGCGAGAAGGAAUACGCGGUGAAGAUCUACAAGACGUCUAUUUUGGUCUUUAAGGACCGUGAGCGCUAUGUUGACGGCGAAUACCGGUUCAGAAACUCCAGAAACCAAAGUAAUCCGAGAAAAAUGAUCAAGAUCUGGGCCGAGAAAGAGUUCAGGAACUUGAAGCGGUUGCAUAGCCACGGAAUCCCCGUGCCCGAGCCCAUCGACUUGAGAUCACACGUGCUCGUGAUGGAAUUCCUCACACGAGGCGACGGGGAGGCAUCCCCAAAGUUAAGAGACUACGAGUUUGCCAAUGAAGAUGAAAUCGAGACCAUCUACCAAACCAUGCUCAUAUACAUGCGCCGUAUGUUCCAGAAGUGCCGUCUCGUGCACGCUGACUUGUCCGAGUAUAACUCCUUGAUGCACGAGGGCCAGCUCUACAUCAUCGACGUUUCACAGUCGGUCGAACCAGAACACCCGAUGUCGCUCGAUUUCUUGCGUAUGGACAUUAAGAACAUCAACGAUUUCUUUGGCAGACAGAGAGGCGCUGCCGUUUUCUCAGAAAGGGUCAUUUUUUCCUUUAUCACGGAGCACUUGCAGGACGUGAACGACGAGGAUGAGGACGCUAUGAGGAAGUAUAUCAAGCAGAUGCCGCGUAAGGGCGACAGUACCGCUGUGGAUGAAGACGACGAGGUGUUCCGUUCUGUACAUUUGGUACGCUCGUUGAACCACUUAGAGGAGAGAGAUUUCGGCCACAUGUCAGAGGGAAAAUUGGGGACCUUCAAGAGUUUGGUGGACGAUGCCGAUGGGAUUAUCUAUGGGGAGCUUAAAGAGGAGACGGAAGACGAUAGUGAGGAAGAUGAUUUCGACGAAAGUGAUGAAGAAAAUACCAGUCCAAGGAAGGCAUGGGUCGAAAGGGAGCCCUCGAACAAGGGCAAAAAGAACGAAGACAAGGGUGCCAAGAAGGAGAGAAAGAAGGCCACGAAGGAUGCCCAGCAGGAGAAGCGCAAGACCAAGAUGAAGAAGCAUUUGAAGAAGAAACUUGUGAACAAGUCUGCAUCGAGAAAAUAGAAUUUAUAUGAUGA